AUGAAAAGAAAUAUUGUUAGGUGUGAACAUAGUGGAAGAGUUCAUCGAUGUCCAUCCGACACAUGUUCUCCAGUUGGUCGUGUUCAAAUUUAUCAGAAGUAUUCAAGUGAUUGUUAUCAAACUGGUCAACCAAGUGCAGAUGGACAAACAUUUAGUCAAAAAUGGUAUCGAAUUUAUUUACCAAAUAAAGCAAAAGGUUUUGUUAACAGUUUCUUUUGUGAAGGAGUGAAAAUUCCACGUUGUAAAAGAUAA